UAUUACCCUUUUUAAAAAUCUCUCAACAGUAUUUAAGAUGAUAUUACGUAACAAAUUAUGCCUACUUAACAGGCUAAUAUGGACAUAGAUUCUCUAAUUUUCAAACUAGAUAAUAAAUUGUGGGCAUAUGUUGCAUCUGGGCAAGGGAAAACACAAUUAGGUAUGGAGUAAUUAUUCAAUUGAUGGUCCUGAGACCUUACACAUUGCGUUACAACUAUCCAUGCAUUAUCACCAACUACUCGUGAAUUGACACCAUCCUAUUGGUUUUGGUACACCAAAUCAGCAUCUUUGUGAAACUAUGCAUCUAGACCUUUCAAACUUUACAAUGGAAUCUCUUUCCCGAAAAAUCCCAAAAAGAUGAACUUUUUUUCUAUCAGUACAGUAGGGGAGCUGUUGUUAGAUCUUUUAUCUGGCCAAUAUGAGAUAGAACUUUUUACCUUUCUGCUCUAUAUGAAUGAUUUGGCUGUGUUUUGAUUAGUCUCAUAACAGAGCUAUGGUUCUUGCUGAUCGGUCUAAGAAGGAAGUCCCUGCAAUUGGACUCAGCCUCGCCGCAGUGGAAUCCUUGUCCAUGCCUCUUGUUUGUUCAAGAAGUUGUUCUAUCAGCAGAUAUUCGAUGCGCCCGGUGUCAAAGCAGAGUAGCUGAGAUAAUGUCAAGGAUGAAAGAAAUGGAUUCUGUAUCAGUAAAUGUUUUGGAGAAGAAGGUGACAGUCACUAGUAGAUAUCCUGUAGUUAAAGCACCCCCAAAGCUAGUUGCUGCCUUGUACAAGAAGCCUCUAGGCAAAGCUGCCAUAAUCAAGCAUAUAUUCCGUUCUUCCCUCAGAUGAUUAAGAACACAUCUCCAGACUGCAAUAAUUAACGGGGUUGGAAACAUGCAUGAUAUACGUAGACCUUACCCCAUGUAAAAUAUGCAGUGAGGCUAGUGUUUGAAUUGUUUCAAUGUGCAAGUGUGCAUAGGCUAGUCUUAUGACUCUUAUUAGUAUAAAUUAAUUCUGAAAUGGCUUAAAUUCUGGGCAAACACAGGCCUUCCAUACAAGAAAAGGAAGCUUCAGAAUAGUACAAAGUGGGUAAAACAUAAACAUAGGACAGAGAAGGAAGAGAUGCCUAUCUUUGUUAUUGUAAUUAGGAUGAACAAAGCUUAGAACUAAAGUUAAGGAUGGAUGAUAAGCCAGCCACAUAUAAGAGACAAAAAUCUUCUUUCUAAUCCUAAGAAGAAUCAUAUUCCAAAAUGAAGUCCAAGAGUUUCCAAAUGAAGUACUAUCCAAGGAGAAGGAAUUGAUCUUCCCAGUUCUCACUUUUCAGCAUCUCUUUCUGGGUUUUCUGCUGUUGCAUCAGCCAAUCAUUUAUCCCCAACCCAACUAUGUCCAUCCAUAGCUAUAUCCCAGCAAAGAGUUUUUGCAUCGUAAUGAGAAUAAACAUCGACUGCAACGGUUGUUGCAGAAAAAUAAGGAGAAUUAUCCUUAACAUGAAAGAGAUAGAGACACACUUGAUUGAGAAGCACCAAUGUAGAGUUUAUGUUUGUGGGAGAUUUGCGCCAUCGGAUGUGGCGAUAAAGUUGGGAAGGAAGUUGAAACGCAGAGUCGAAAUCCUGGAGAUUCAAGAAAUUGAUGGCAGCAGGGAACAAGUAGACCAAAAUCCCAGCUAAUGAUCCAUUUGCAGCUUGCAUUGUCUAUAAUCAACCCUGACAGAAGGAUAUACGAUUAUUGAAAUGAUUUAGCAGCUUGAAUGAUAUGAUAAUUAUUUAGAGCCUGCAUUGAAUAUAGUCACAUUAAAAAAAAUUGUAAUGGAAAAGUCUAUGGCAAAUUUCAUCCUUCAUUCAUUGAUAGAAAGAGCUAGUAGAACUGUGUAAGGAACCAAAUAGGGAUAGCACAGCCGGUUAUCGGCUUCGGUCAAAAAGUAUGCU